GUCAUCAUGAUAACUUGAUAAGUACUUUUUAUGUGAUAAAAGUCUAUGUAGAUGAACAAGACAAAAGGAGGAAGAAAGAAAAGAAAACAAAAUUAAAACGAAAUCUAAAAGAUAAAGAAAACAAGUCAGCAGUCCACUACAACUCCAAACAACACAAGGCGUAUGAUCUUUCUCGGUCCGAUCCACGAAACUCCCUCGAACAUCCUCUCUUUGCUUUCCAAAGCUAUCACUACUAUUUAUUAUCCUCGUCACUCUUCUUCACACUUCCACUCAUACACACAGAUACAAAGAUCAAUCAGAGUGUUAAUUAGGAGUGAUUAUGGCAACCGAACAAGAAGUUUUAGCCAUCGAAUUCAUAAGCCAACACCUUCUCAGAGAUUUUGCUUCCAUGGAAACCAAAGUUUCCAAUUUUACCCUUCAGGAAGCUGACCCACCUCUGUUUACCAACCAAGUUCACCACUUUCGCUCAGAAACAAGCCCUAGAACCAUCAAUAACCAAAACCCUAAACCGAACUCGACUCUUAACCGGCGUAAACCGCCCUUACCAAAUCUAUCCGUCCCGAGAACGGUCUCCUGCACAACAAAGGUGAGGGAAGAAGAGGAGGAGAAGCACUACAGAGGAGUAAGACGUAGGCCAUGGGGAAAAUACGCGGCGGAGAUCAGGGAUCCGAACAAAAAGGGUUCUAGAAUUUGGCUUGGAACUUACGACACGGCCGUCGAAGCUGCAAGAGCUUACGAUCAAGCGGCGUUUCAGUUGCGUGGAAGAAAAGCAAUCUUGAAUUUCCCUCUCGAUGUUAGGGCUGCGUCCGAAAGUUAUUUUGAGGAAGGAGUCAUCGGAUUAGGGAAACGGAAACGAAUCAAGAUUUCUCCGGCGGUGGAAGAGGAGGAGAAGGCGGAAGCGGUUAGGGUUAAAGUUGAGGAAGAAGAGAGUGAUACAACGGAGGCUGAGGUGGAGGCGGUGCCUUUGACGCCGUCAAGUUGGAUGGGAGUUUGGGACGUGGGAGCAGGAGAUGGGAUUUUCAGUGUUCCUCCAUUAACUCCAACAUCUCCCGACUUCUCCGUUAUCUCCGUCACUUGAACCUUCGGAAAAUUCAACGGACGAUGACGUUUUCACUUGCGUCACUCUCAUAAAUUUCUUUAUUUUUUAUAAUAAUUUAAGUGUUAGCGGUAGUGUACAAAUAUCAAAUUAGUAGUGUAGUACCAAUCAUUUUAUUCAUUUGUUUUUUAUAGGAAAAAUAUGGAUGUUGAAAUUCUGAAAUGUAUUUUGUAUUUGUCGAUGUUCUUAUAAAAUUGAUGAUUGUAGAAAAA